CAAAUAGCUUAAAACAUGACAAACUGUACCCAUUUACCUCAAAGGGUGAUAACGGUUCCAGAGGAGCUCCCGGAAAACCUGGCCCCCGUGGAAAGAUGGGAAACUCUGGGCCUCCUGGGAUUCAAGGAGAAAUUGGAGAAAGAGGGUUUAAGGGAAAAACUGGACAAAAGGGUAUGUCUGGGCUUCCUGGGCCAAUGGGCCCAAAGGGUUUACCAGGUCUGAGGGGAGUGAAGGGUGAAUCUGGACAUCUUGGCACAAAAGGUGUCCCAGGUGACCCGGGGAUACAGGGAACAAUCGGAUCACCAGGGCUGAAGGGAAUUCCUGGUUUGCAGGGGUUAAAGGGUCACAUAGGUCAUCAAGGAAAACAGGGGUUUACUGGUCCGCGUGGUCCACGUGGUCACAAAGGCUCCCGUGGAGUUCCUGGCCUUGUUGGGAAGAAGGGAAUGAAAGGUCUUAAAGGUAAAAGAGGAGCAAAGGGAAUGAAAGGCAUGAGUGGACCCCCAGGAAAACCUGGUUUACCUGGCAAACACAGGCUUUCGAUGGAAUCCAAACCUGGAAUUAGACCAGGUCCGAAAACAGAGCAAAAGCCUAAAUCAAGCCCAAAAUACAAGCAGAAAACUGCUCUAAGUGUGAAGCAAAGGAAACAACAACAAAAACUCAGAACAUUAUAUCGAAGAUGGUCUAAAAGAGAUGAAGAUGAGGAAUCUUUCAGCUGGCCGCUGGGAACCAGAGACGACCCUGGCACCACCUGUUAUGAGCUGAGUCUUGUACACCCACAUCUGAAUGAUGGUUACUUUUACAUGGACCCCAACCAAGGUUGCCCCUAUGAUGCUGUGAAGGUGUUGUGUAAUUUCACAGCAGGAGGAACAACCUGUAUCCACCCCCAACACUCACAGAUUCAAAUGAGAUUCGAAUGGAAUGGGACAAUAUCACAGAUGUCUGAGCAGUGGUAUCCUCAUGAUGAGAAACAGGUGACGCUGCAGGUGAAGGUUCGAGGAAGCACAGACUUACAUCGAGGUGAUAUGGAGUUCCUUCCAAGGAGAGCCUUUCCGCCAAUCAGCAGUGCAGCCUUGCUCUUCAUCAUCAUCAUCACCUCCACCACCUCCAUCCUCCUGCACAUCUUCAGUGUUUACACAACAAGUGGAGAGAGCAGCUGCUCAGAUUGCGGUGGCUCCGUCGGACUGAGAGGUUUAACCGCACAGCAGCUGUAUCCUGAAGGGAGUGAGUAUCCAGAGGAAGGCGGGUGA